AUGGUUCGAUUUGUGACCGUUCUGGUGCUGGUAAUGGCGACAGUGCUAGUGGAGCUAUCCAAAGGUUCUUUCGGUGCAUCGUUGAACAAUGGCAACGCAGUGUCUCCAUGUCCCACAAUCUUCCGGUACGCGACCGACAGUGCAAAGCAGCAAAUUUAUGGUAUCGUUGACACACGCGAGCAGCAGGUGGACAAGAUCGGAAAGCUGGAACUGCAUCUCUCGAUUGCAGGGGAGUUGCAUUCGAAGUACGUCGGUUCGAUUGAAGCCAUCGAAGACAGUGCGCAGAUUUUGGACCAGUUCGGCAAAGGGCGCGGCGUGACGUAUCGGGUGAACUUCCCCAUCCAGGAGCCACUGCCAAAAAUAACGAAGGUGAUCUUCAACGAGCGGGAUCUUUGCGCCGGACCGGCUGAUCGCGGCAACUUCGUCAGUGCCGUAACACUGCGACACUUUCUGCGGUCCGAUUCGUGCAAGGACAAGUGCGACCGAACCAAGCUGGUGCCGUCGAAUCUUAACCUGCAGCUGAGUGCCCCGGUACCUGCUACUACCGCAAUUGCAGCACCCGUGUCUAUUCCGAAGGUGAAGGAAGGAGCUGACUCGACGCAGAAACUCACCGGCGAUACACCAGCAGUUCAGCACGAGUAUCAGCGUACGAUCGAGCGUAAGGAGGAAACGAACAAUCCCCAGGACAACAGUACCUCGGUGAAGUACAUCCGGGAGGAGAUCACAUACCGCAAGCAAGUUAUUACACCGGGCGGUGCAACGUCCCUGCAGGAUGACGAGCUGCAGCUACCCUCGUUCGUGAGCGGCAAACUGACGUAA